AUGGGGUUUUUUUUUGUUUUGGGUUUUUCGUUUUUUCCUUUUCACUUACCUGAGCCGCUCUGGAUCCAUUUUGAAGCCACCAUGCCCUCACCUCUCCCGCGGCGCAGUUACCUCCCCGGCGAAUUUUCUCCCUCUGUGGACUCUAGGCCCUGCAGUAGCCCCUCAGUGCUCCCAGGUAGGUCAGGGAAGCUCUUUCCCGGGGCCACUCCUCCCAGGGCCCCACGACUGCCACCCCGGCUAGCCUGGUGCUCCAUUGACUGGGAACAGGUGUGCUUGCUACAGAGGUUGGGAGCUGGGGGCUUCGGCUCAGUGUACAAGGCAACUUACCACGGUGUGCUGGUGGCCGUAAAGCAAGUGAACAGGUGCACCAAGAACCGACUGGCAUCCCAGCGCAGUUUCUGGGCUGAGCUCAACGUAGCAAGGCUUCGCCAUGACAACAUCGUGGGGGUUGUGGCUGCCAGCACCCGCACGCCCGUGAGCUUUAAUAGUUUAGGCACCAUAAUCAUGGAGUUUGGUGGCAAUGUCACUUUACACCAAGUCAUAUACGGUGCUACCAGCUGCCCUGAAGAGGAGGAGGAAGUGGAGCCUCACUGCUGUGCUGGAGAGCAACUAAAUUUGACCAAGUGCCUGAAAUAUGCCCUGGAUGUUGUGAAUGGACUCAAUUUCCUUCACUCACAAAGCAUUGUGCACUUGGACCUGAAGCCGGCUAACAUUCUGAUCAGUGAACAGGAUGUCUGCAGAAUUGCUGACUUUGGUUGUUCUGAGAAGCUGGAAGAUCUCCUGUGCUUCCAGACUCCUUCUCACCACCUAGGCGGCACAUACACCCACAGAGCCCCAGAGCUCCUGAAAGGAGAGAGCGUAACGCCCAAAGCUGAUAUCUAUUCUUUUGCAAUCACUCUCUGGCAAAUGGUUACCAAGGAUCUGCCUUACUUGGGGGAGCAUCACUACGUGCUCUAUGCUGUAGUGGCCUAUAAUCUUCGACCGUCUCUGUCAGCAGCUGUCUUCACGGACUCCAUCCUCGGGAAGAGACUUGAGAAGAUUAUCCAGUGCUGCUGGAGGGCCAGUGCUUCGCAGAGGCCAAGUGCAGAACUUCUUCUAGUUGAACUUAACUCUUUGAAAACUGAAUUUGGCUGGCUCUAA